CUCACAAAAGUUCAGCAGGCCUUAGCAAUUUCAUCAAAAAUGAAGUUCUUCACCAUCGCCCUUCUGUCUUCCAUCAGCACCGUCAUGGCUAUCGAUUGCUUCUGCGUUAGCACUGACGACGACGCUGCCGCUGGCCGGCAGCCUCAGCGCAAGUUCAAUCUCAGUGGUCGUUGUGAGGAACUAGGAGGGAAACCUGAUGUCGAGUCGCGAACUUGUGAACUACUCCCGGAUGCUGCUGCUUUUACUGAGGCGGAUUGUAGCAUUGAUUCUGGGGACCGAGUCCUUGUUCCCAAUUGCUUUGCUUCUGUUCUCUAA